GAGAAGUAGGAGUAUACGCUCGCACGCACUUCCACUGCACUUUUCGUCACCAGUCCGAGAGCUCACGUGCCAGCUGGGUCUCGGGAGCUGCAGGGCCACAGCCAUCAUACAGUGUCAAAUUCGUGGGGUGUGGGCACUGCUCUCCGGACGAGUGAAGCAGCCAGAAGUUCGUUUCUCGUCUCUGGCGCAACAUCAAAGAUGGAGCUCGACUCUCUACCUGACGAUGCGCUGCUCCAAGUACUGCGUUAUCUGGAUGUGCGUGAGCUGCUGGAGUGUCGCGGCGUCUGCCGCCGGUGGAGAGAGUUGGCGCUGCGCCCAUUGCUUUGGCGGGAUAAGCGUAUCCAUAGUAACAUGAGCACCAAGCUUAUUGCCAUCGCUUUACGUCUCGUGCCACGUUUGCACAGUCUUCGGAUAGAUCUUCCAUUGCACGGCGAUGCCUGCGACGUUCUUCUAGUCACACCGACUGCUAUUUCCGAGGUCGAUCUCAAGUUCGGAGCGAAGGACGAUCUGCUUGUUGCGCUGAUACUUUCAAGGCAGGUCUCUCUUGGACGGUUGAAGAAGGUAUCAUUGUUCACGCGACACGACAUCAUCAGGACCUCGAAGCGAGGACUCCGUGCAUUGCUCCUGCAGAUAUGCCAAGCUCCCGGAUUGCAAUCAUUGAGCUUGUGUUUGAACGUGCACUCGGACGAUGAAGAAGUUCUGAAUGUCAUCAAAGCGAAGGUGCCUGUGCCAGCGUCUCUCAAACAGCUCAGUUGCUUUGGAAGCUUGAAACCUUACCUGGAGCUGCUUAUGGAAUGGCAUGCGAAUACUUUAGAAGUCGUGAGCCUCUCCUCCGACGGGCCGCGAUUGACGUCCCUGCUCGCCGCCAUGCCACGCCUGCGCAAGCUGAAGUGCCCCAUGCUGCCGGACAUGCAGUUGCUUCGGCAGUGCCUGUCCUUGACGCACCUGGAGCUCAACCUCACUGACCUCGACGACGAGGUGGUGGAGGCCGGCCUGCCGGGGGCACGGCUCUUGCUCUGCUCGGCGGCCGCGCACCUGGAGCACCUCGAGAUCAUGUACAACCCGUACUCGUCCCCGGACGUCGUGGACCUGCUGCUCAGCGUAGGCAGGCGGUCGGGAGAUACCGCGCUGCGCAGCCUCCGGUUAACGAUCUCUCAGUGGGACUGGGAGUUCCGUUGCCGUGAGUCCUUCGACGAGGACGAGUCCGAGAGCCCUCCGCCGCAGCUGGUCCCUCUGGCCGCCAUCCUGCCGAGGCUGCCGCUUCUCACCGUUCUGGACAUCGACACCGAGGCCUCGGACGCCUUCCUGGACGCGCUGGACGGCCAGGUGGUGCCCAAACUGGAGCGGCUGGACAUCCGCACGCCACGCGACGGCGACUGCGACCACUCCUGGCUCCACGUCGAGGAAGAACGGAUGCGGCGAGUCAUGAAGAGGUACCCGCGCCUGCACGUCUUCAUCAAGGACGUCGAUAAGACCAUCUGCAGGCAAGGGGACUGCGGUUUCUGCAAGGCCAACUCCUGCCAUGCCGACAUGCCAGACGGCCGGCCCUGCCUGCUGCGCAGCCACAGGGGUACUGGCUGCGGUGUGAGUCACGUGCACUACACACAUAGUCCGCACUGGUCCGGUUUUGAAAUUUACAUCGACACUAGUAGUGGAUAACGUAGCCAGCUGAUCGCCCAUUGUUAAUGUUUUCUUUGCAUAGUCACACUAAAAUGCUAAUGGUAUUCGUCACAGUCCAGGGUCUGGUUUGUGAUAAGCUAAUUAUGGCAGAUCUCAUCAACUUAAGUCAUAAAAAUUUUGUUGCAUAGUCACGAAAAUUUUAUUAACAUUGUCAAGAGAAUUAAGAAUUACAUUUUUCUGGCUGUUGGUAAUGGUUUUUGAUGAGGUAGUUUAAUGCCUCGGUUUGAUUAGUUGCAUACAGUACAGAUUUCGUCCAUUGUUUUAAUUUAGGUUUGUUUAAUCCAUAAUGUAGUAGUUUUUAUCGGCGUGCCAUUUAUACUUAUUUUUGUUGAAAAUAAGUCACCCACUGUGAUAACCGCCAUGUGCGGUUUUGUACUAGUCUGCAGUAAGUUAGAAGUUUAAUUCAUUUCUGUUGAUAUUUCAACUCCUGUGCUGUGUUUUCUCACUCUGUGUGGUGGAGAUUGUAAGUGCAAUGAUAAAUAAAUUGGUGCCCUUCAAGAGGUAAAGUAA